CGUUCCGUUCCAUUCCGCGGGGAAAUUCUCUCUGCGUUACCAUUUCAUUUGCAUUUGCAUUUUCACCUCGAUCCAAUCCCUUUCCUCUUCUCCUCAAUAGCACACUGUGUUUGUUUCUUCAAGGUCAGGAGGGGGAGGGGGAGGAACAAUCGCCAACAUGGAUGCAAUAUGCGGUGCAAUGAAAUGACAUUAUUUUUCUACCAAUGUGGGCUUAAAGGCCCAUCACGUUGCAUCAUUUGUUUACCUUUUUGCUAUUUGGUUGAUUUUUAGAUUGCAAGCAAUACAAGAAGAGACAAGAAGAGGGUUUGUUGUUGAUAUUAUUCUAUUUUGAAUCUGGUUGGAAUUGUAUAGCCUUGUUCAGGGAUUGGCUUGCCAAUGUACUGAACAAGUUUUGAAUUUGAGUGCACCGCGUCAGGGGGGGAUCGUGGAGUGCUAUGGAACGUAAUGCUCCAAACAUUCCCCCCUCUGAAACUUCCCAUCCUCGCCGCAACAGGGUUCGUCCCAAAAGCAGCGUCCAAUUUGAUGAUAAUACCCUCUUUCAUUAUGACAAUGGCAACGUCAUCUAUGUUAAUGAUCCCACCAAGACUAAUGAAAAGUAUGAGUUUUGUGGGAAUGACAUCCGAACCAGCAGAUACACUCUUCUCAACUUCUUGCCCAAGAAUCUGUUCAUUCAGUUCCACCGGGUCGCUUAUCUCUAUUUCCUUGCCAUUGCUGCCCUGAAUCAGCUUCCUCCACUAGCUGUUUUCGGCCGAACCGUGUCCCUUUUCCCCCUAUUGUUUGUGCUUUGCGUCACUGCUAUCAAGGAUGCCUACGAGGAUUGGCGCAGGCACAGGUCAGAUUGCUAUGAAAACAAUCGUGAGUGUCUGGUUCUUCAAUCGGCUCAGUUCCGUUCUAAGAGAUGGAAAAAUGUGCAGGCUGGUGAUGUGAUUAAAAUCUUAGCCGAUGAGAUGAUUCCUGCUGACAUGGUCUUGCUGGGGACAAGCGAUCCUAGUGGGGUUGCUUAUAUUCAAACAAUGAAUCUGGAUGGUGAAUCGAAUUUGAAGACACGGUUUGCCAAGCAAGAAACAGUUUCAGCGUUUUUGCAAGAUGCUUGUGCUGUCUCUGGAGUUAUUAGAUGUGAACCACCUAAUCGGAAUAUCUAUGAGUUCACUGCCACCAUGGAGUUAAAUGGCCAUAAGAUUCCCCUUAACCAGUCAAACAUUGUUCUGCGUGGUUGCAUGCUGAAGAACACGGAUUGGAUAAUUGGUGUUGUGGUCUAUGCAGGACAGCAAACAAAAGCAAUGUUGAACAGUGCAGCUUCCCCUUCCAAGAGAAGCAAACUGGAAAGUUACAUGAAUAGAGAAACUUUGUGGUUGUCAGUUUUUCUUUUUAUCAUGUGCGCAGUUGUUUCCCUAGGGAUGGGUCUCUGGCUGGUACGCCAUGAGCAUGAGCUUGAUACCUUGCCUUACUACAGAAAAAAAUUCUUCAACAAAGGGCCAAAUGAGGGAAGGAAAUACAGGUACUAUGGGAUAACAAUGGAAACUUUCUUCUCCUUUUUGAGCUCUAUUAUUGUGUUUCAGAUAAUGAUACCAAUAUCUCUAUAUAUCACAAUGGAGUUAGUUCGAUUGGGCCAGUCAUACUUCAUGAUAGAGGACAAGGAUAUGUACGAUUCUAAAUCUGGAUCAAGGUUCCAGUGUAGAUCAUUAAAUAUAAAUGAAGAUUUGGGUCAAAUACGCUACGUGUUUUCUGACAAGACAGGAACUCUAACAGAAAACAAAAUGGAGUUUCAGAGAGCCAGUAUUCAUGGAAAGAGCUACGGGAGCUCCUUGCAUACAGAUGAUGAAAGUACAGAAGCAGCAGCCAAUAACAGUAAACGAAAAUGGAAACUCAAAUCUGAAACUCCUGUUGAUUCUGAACUAAUGGCAUUGUUGCGGAAAGACUCAAAUUUAGAUGAAAGAAUUGCUGCUCAUGAGUUUUUCCUCACAUUGGCUGCUUGUAAUACUGUGAUCCCCAUUAUCAGUAGUGGUAAAGUUUCCAGUUGUGGAAAAGAUGAAUCAAAUCAUGAAAUAGAAGGUAUUGAUUACCAGGGAGAGUCUCCUGAUGAACAAGCUCUAGUUUCAGCUGCAUCUGCAUAUGGAUAUACUCUAUUUGAGCGAACAUCUGGAAAUGUUGUUCUUGAUGUCAAUGGUGAGAAACUCAGGUUGGACGUAUUGGGCCUGCAUGAGUUUGAUAGUGUGCGAAAGAGGAUGUCAGUUAUUCUCCGGUUUCCUGAUAAUGUUGUUAAGGUGUUGGUUAAAGGCGCUGACAGUUCAAUGUUUAGCAUUUUAGCUCCUGACAAAGAAGGAAACAACGGAAUACAGCAUGAAACUCAGAGUCAUUUAAGUGAAUAUUCUAUGGAAGGUUUACGAACUCUUGUAGUUGGUUCCAGGGAUCUUUCAGAUGCUGAAUUUGAGGAGUGGCAAAACAUGUAUGAAGAUGCAAGCACUUCAUUGACUGAUCGAGCUGCAAAACUACGUCAAACAGCGGCUCUGAUAGAAUGCAACCUAAAGCUUCUCGGAGCAACUGGAAUUGAGGACAAGCUGCAGGAGGGUGUGCCAGAAGCCAUUGAGUCCAUGCGGCAAGCUGGAAUCAAGGUCUGGGUUCUUACUGGUGAUAAGCAGGAGACUGCAAUUUCAAUUGGUCUUUCUUGUAAACUUCUGAGUAGAGAUAUGCAGCAGAUCAUUAUAAAUGGCACUUCAGAGGUUGAGUGCAGAAAGCUCUUGACUGAUGCUAUAGCAAAGUAUGGAUUGAAAUCUUCAAGUAGAGAACAUCAGAAUCUGAAGUGCAAAACUGAUUCUAGACAUGAUUGCCCUGAUAUUCACGAUAAUACAAAAUCAUUGGGCUUGCCCAAGUCAAAUGCAGGGAAAAAAGAAGGAACUACUGCUCCAUUGGCACUCAUAAUUGAUGGAACCAGUUUAGUUUAUAUUUUGGAGAAGGAACUGGAGUCAGAGCUUUUCAAACUUGCAACUUCCUGUACCGUUGUGCUAUGCUGCCGUGUUGCACCCUUGCAGAAAGCAGGAAUUGUUGAUCUGAUAAAAAGCCGCACAGAUGAUCUGACAUUAGCUAUUGGUGAUGGGGCAAAUGAUGUGUCGAUGAUCCAAAUGGCAGAUGUUGGUGUUGGAAUAUGUGGGCAGGAAGGGCGCCAAGCUGUGAUGGCAUCAGAUUUUGCCAUGGCACAAUUCCAGUUCUUGAAAAAAUUGCUUCUGGUUCACGGACACUGGAAUUAUCAGCGUGUUGGUUAUCUUGUUCUGUACAACUUUUACCGCAAUGCUGUCUUUGUGUUGAUGCUAUUCUGGUAUAUAUUAUGCACUGCUUUUUCUACAACUUCUGCAUUGACAGAGUGGAGUAGUGUAUUUUAUUCUGUUAUAUACACAUCUAUCCCCACUAUCAUUGUUGGUGUGUUGGACAAAGACUUGAGUCAUAGUACACUCUUGCUGUAUCCAAAAUUAUAUGGUACAGGUCACAGGCAUGAGGCUUACAAUUUGCAAUUAUUUUGGAUUACAAUGAUUGACACGUUAUGGCAGAGUCUUGCUCUCUUCUACAUUCCCGUAUUCAUCUAUAAGGACAGCACAAUUGAUAUAUGGAGCAUGGGCAGUUUAUGGACAAUUUCAGUUGUUAUCCUUGUAAAUGUACACCUGGCUAUGGACAUUAACCAGUGGGCACUGGUUAGUCAUGUUGCUGUAUGGGGAUCAAUAAUCGUUACAUAUGGCUGCGUGGUGAUAUUGGAUUCUAUACCUGUCUUUCCCAAUUACGGGACUAUUUAUCAUUUGGCAAGUUCCCCUACAUAUUGGAUGACAAUUUUUCUUAUAAUAAUCGUGGCAUUGCUACCUCGCUUUUCUUGCAAAGCCUUUUAUCAAGCCUUUUGUCCUUCAGAUAUCCAGAUAGCCAGAGAAGCUGAGACAAUGACAAAACAGCAUGAUAAUUUGCAACCAAAGUGUCCAGUUUCCAAAUAACUCGAGUUAUUAUCAAUCUUGUAGAAACUAGAGAAUCUCAUUGGAAUGGUUUCCACUGUAAUUUUUCCAUCACAUUGCAUUCUUGUGGAAGUUGGCUGUACAAGUGACCAGGCAAGUGUAUGCUUUCUCUGUUUAAUCCAAAACAUAUUUUGAAUGGUGUUCUUUUAUAGUUAUCUAUUGAUAUUUUAUUUAAUUUCAUUGAACGCAGUGGUUUUCAAAAACGGAGAGUGAAUUUAAUAGUUUUAGAUAUGUAUUACUAAUAGUCCAAAGCUAUCUUAGAAUAAGUAGUUAAGAGAGACGGAGAUCUCUCAAUGGUUUAUGAUAGCGCUUUAUCCCUAAUGACGAAAUAGCAAUGCUGUUACUCAGAUUUUAUAGAAUUUAGAAAUUGUAUCUUAUAGGCUUUUAGGUACUGGUCCUUGAGUAGCUAAUACUCAACGGUGUCAAAAUAUAAGGACCAAUAAUUACCAAUAAUAGCAUCUAUAGGUGUGACCAAAAAUCAUAUUUAUGGAAAUUGAGGACCAAAAUCUUCGUUAAAUAUUGAAUUUACGAUUUGAUUUUUUUCGUCAAAAUUUGGACAAAUAUUCAACAUAGAUAAGGGAGAUAUUAUUUUGGAGUUUUAGGGGUAAAAUGAGAGCUCUCUAUAAUAUUUAUUUGUAGCAUUAUAUUUAGAUAUUCUUUAUACAAAACUCUGUACUUUGCUGUCUGUCUUUUUUUUGGGACUUGGCCUUCAAUAAUCAUUGGUAUCAGAUAGUAUGCUGAACCUCUCUGUUUUUUAGUCAGCUAUAUAUUCCUCUCUUUGUAAGAUGCUUAAGAUGUAAUAAUUCAGUUACACUUUCAGUUGCAAUUGUUAAAAUUCAGUUACAUUGUCUCUCUUUUACUUUUUGAUAUUCAAGUAGUAUUUUUUAUUUCUUUUUGUUUCUAUAAAGGUUUAAAAGCUCUUGUUGCAUGUUGCAACUUCAUUCAACUCAGCCUAUCUAUCAAAUGGCACCAUGAGCCUUUGAUUUGGGCAACAGUCAGAUGAGUAUAUUAUAAUUGCCUUGGGAAUAGUUUUGCAUGAAAAAACAACGAUGGAUUUGAUGGGUGGUUCUCUCUCAUCAAAAUGAAUCUUCAAAUUUAAAAUAUUCAAUUAUAUAAUUUCUGAAGGGAGAAUGGAUAUCAUUUGGCAGCAACAAGGAUUCCUCUCUGCAAUACGAGAAUUUAUUAAUUUGUUAACUAAAAAUCUGGCUUGCUUUGGGUUCUGUACUGUUGGUCAAUCUUAUAGAGGAAUCUCCCAUGGCACGGAGUUCUCCCCGCACUAGAAAAACCAAACUUUGGCAUUUUGAGUUCUUUGACAACAUAAAUCCCAAAUUUAUGCUCGAUGUAUGCGACUCUGCAAUGCUUAUCCACACUGUCUGCAUUGUUUACUGCUAAAAUAUCCUGUGGCAAUGAAAUUUGGACAGUUAUUUAAGCUAUUUUGGUUAAGAAUGGUUUUUAUUGGACGCUUUCUGAGAUGGUUUUUGUUUACAUUUGCCAACUCCUUGGAUGGUCAUGGGUUUAGCAAACAGUUGAGGAAACAUGUAUUCAGUUUAUGUUUUGUAACUGACAAACGAGUUAAAAGCUCAGCAUUGAAUGUCACCAAUUGCUAUUUUCUACUGUGUUAUU